AUGCACGUACACUUCCGCGUGCGCAGGCGCGGCACGCCCCGCCCACUUCCACUGACGUCAGGCGUACGAACCACCAGCCACUACCACCAUACAGAACCACCAGCCACUACCACCAUACAGAACCACCAGCUACUACCACCAUACAGAACCACCAGCCACUACCACCAUACAGAUCCACCAGCCACUACCACCAUACAGAACCACCAGCCACUACCACCAUACAGAUCCACCAGCACUACCACCCACUACCACCAUACAGAACCACCAGCCACUACCACCAUACAGAACCACCAGCCACUACCACCAUACAGAACCACCAGCCACAACCACCAGCCACUACCACCAUACAGAACCACCAGCCACUACCACCAUACAGAACCACCAGCCACUACCACCAUACAGAUCCACCAGCCACUACCACCCACUACCACCAUACAGAACCACCAGCCACUACCACCAUACAGAUCCACCAGCCACUACCACCAUACAGAACCACCAGCCACUACCACCAUACAGAUCCACCAGCCACUACCACCAUACAGAACCACCAGCCACUACCACCAUACAGAUCCACCAGCCACUACCACCAUACAGAACCACCAGCCACUACCACCAUAUAGAAAAACCAGCCUCUACCACCAUAUAGAAAAACCAGCCUCUACUACCAUACAGAACCACCAGCCACUACUACCAUAUAGAACCACCAGCCACUACCACCACACAGAACCACCAGCCACUGCCACCAUACAGAACCACCAGCCACUACCACCAUACAGAUCCACCAGCCACUACCACCCACUACCACCAUACAGAACCACCAGCCACUACCACCAUACAGAUCCACCAGCCACUACCACCAUACAGAACCACCAGCCACUACCACCAUACAGAUCCACCAGCCACUACCACCAUACAGAACCACCAGCCACUACCACCAUACAGACCACCAGCCACUACCACCAUACAGAACCACCAGCCACUACCACCAUAUAG